AUGUCUUUUCAACAACAGCAAUAUUUACAACUGAAUAAUUUUUAUCACCCACCUCGUCAUUCCCAAAACCUUUCAAUUAAUUCUUUGUCGUCAAUUAUAGAACCAACUACCCCACCUAAUCAUUCUUCUGCCACUAAUGGUGGUACUUUUCAACAACAGCAACAACAACAAGGUGAUUCCCUUCAAGGACAACUGUCGUUGUUAAAUCAGCAACCAGGUCUUGUUAUCACACCGGCAACUACUGCUACACCUGCUUCGACUUCAUCGGCGACCAAGUCAUCAUCGUCAUUGCAUGGACGUAGUUUGUCAAAUGGUGCUACUGGUACAUUUUAUGGUAACAAUAAAUUGGGCAAUGUAUCUACUGGUAAUAAGUCGAUUCUUUGGGAUUCGUCAAAUAAAUUGAAUCAAAAUUUGAAUUUGCCAAAUUUUUCAAUUGACAAUGAAGUUUUAUCGACACCUUUAGUUGUUCCACUUGCUCAACCUCAAGAACAACAACUUUUGCCAGGCAAUAAUAAUGGUACUUUGACUUCAUUUGAUGACAAAGAAAAUAUGAUGAAUAAGUCAUUGAUUUCACAAGACUUCCCAUUGGCUUCCGGUGUUGGUAUUGAUAAAUCUGUUGUUGUCACUAAUGCUCCUAAAAACGAAAAUGAAGUUGCUGCUGCUACUGCUACUGCUGCUACUGGAUCAGGGGUGUCUGUUGUUGGAACGAACUCUGUGACUCGUGGUUGCACUCCUACUUCAUCGUCGUCAACACCAUCUGAUUUUGCUGGUGCAGUGGCCCAACAAGUAAGAUUCCCACAAAAGAUUGACAAGGAAUAUCUUGCGUCUAUUAACAAGUUGCCAUUGACACAAUUGAAACUGGAAAUUUUGAAACUUGCCAAGGAUCAAUAUGGUUGUCGUUUUUUACAAAAGAAGAUUGAUGAAAGUUUAGUUCCUAACUAUCAAGUUAGGUUAGCUAAUUUUGAAGUCAUUUUCAACCAAAUUUAUUCUUAUGUAUAUGAAUUGAUUGUUGAUCCAUUUGGUAAUUAUUUGAUUCAAAAAUUGAUUGUGUAUUGUAAUGAAUCUAAUUUGGAUUUGUUGAUGGAAAUUUUACAAUAUAAUUUGUUUCAAAUUUCUAUUAAUCAACAUGGUACAAGAGCUUUGCAGAAAAUCAUUGACAGUUUAAAUAAUUCACAUCAAUUGGGAUUAUUAAUAAAAGGUUUAAAACCAUAUAUUAUUGAAUUAAUCAAGGAUCUUAAUGGUAACCAUGUGAUUCAAAAAAUAUUAAACAAAUAUGAACCUCCAGAUUGUCAAUUCAUUUAUGAUUCUAUCAUUGAUGAUUUAUAUAUUGUUGCUACUCAUAAACAUGGUUGUUGUGUUUUACAAAAAUGUCUUAACCAUGUUACUUUACAACAAUUGGGAGAAUUUUCAAGAGCUAUUUUAAAAUUUGAAAAUUUCAAAUUGUUGAUUAAUGAUCAAUUUGGGAAUUAUGUAUUGCAAUAUUUGAUUUCUAUCAAUUCAUUAGAUAUCAAUUUCCAAAUUUUCCAGAAUUUUGUCAAUUUUGGUAUUUCCAAUUUAUGUAAUUUAAAAUUUAGUUCUAAUGUGGUUGAAAAAUUUUUAAAGAAUUGUUAUGCAAAUGAAUCUGUCAAUGUAUCAUUUUCCAAUUUGAAGUUUGAAUUGAUUUAUAUUAUUUUGGUAAGUGAUUUGAAUGUUUUAAUCAAUGAUCCAUAUGGGAAUUAUGUUAUUCAAACAAUGAUUGAUAUUAUGGUGAAUCCACAAGUGAAUUAUCAAAAUAAUAAUAUUGACAAAUUAUCUUUAGUUUUACCCGAUAGACAAGAUAAUAUUAUUUUCCAACUGCAACAAAAAUUACAAAUUGCUAUAAUUGAGUAUUGGUUUCAAAAUUGUAAGAUUGUUUCAAGUUUUGGUAAACGUAUUCAAUCAAAGAUCAAUACAAUUUUGAAUAAUAAUGUACCAUCAUCUAUUUCUUUGAAUAAAAUGCAUAGGAAAUCACAAAUGAAUGCUAAUGGUGAAUUUAUUGUUAAUGAAUUUCCUCAACCAAAACGUCAAAUUCUGCAACCUUUACCAUUGUCGUACCGUAGUACAUCGUCUCCAGCUGGUGUGGGUAUGGUAAUGGGAGGAACCAAUAAUGUCAAUGAAUAUUAUCCUAAAGUUAAUCUCCAAAAUAGAAACUUUUCAUUGCCAACAAACUUUUAUAAUGCUAAUGCUAAUGCCAAUGUCAACAAUUGCAACAAUAGUGGUGAUGGUAAUAAUGUCAAUAAUAAUGUUAAUUCCAAUGUUACUACUAAUAAUAACUUUAAUGUCAACAAUAAUAAUAAUAAUAAUAAAAAUAAUAUGAAUAAUUCUGUAUCAUCAUUUCAAUCUGGUAGUGUUAGUACUGGACCGUUUAAUAAUAAUAGUAAUAAUAAUAAUAAUAAUUCUGCAUCAAAUUCUUUAAUUAACGUGAAUGGAAACAAUCAAGGCAAUCCGUCAUUUUUUGGUGAUUAUGCUGUUAACAAAGAUUACUUGACACAACAACAACAACAACAACCGCAGCAACAAUCAGUUGGGGUUGCUUCUUAUGCAGAUGUAUCUCAUAAACAUCAAUCAUCGAUUUCAUCUAUCAAUCUCCAACCAGCUCACAAUACCAUGGGGCAUUACACUACUAGUAUGGCACAAAGCUAUACACCACCUCCAAUGCAACAAAUGCCUCCACCAGGAGCUAUACCAAACUUUUACAAUGGUGUUGGUUUACCUCCACAAAUGCUUGGUCACCAAGGACCACCAUUACCUCCUCCUCCUCCUUCACUUCCUCAACAACAACAACAAUCAUACCAACAGAGACAACAACAUCAACAACAACAAAAUAUUGCUCAACCAAUCUACAAUAAUCAUUCUCAUAACCUUUCUUGGUCAUCUGUUUCAUCAUUUGGUGGAGGUAAGACAAUCUACGGGUCAAGCAAUAAUUGGUGA